GAUUUCAAACCAGACGCUUCGUGCACGCGGCGUUCGACGACGCACACACACACACCCACACAGCGCUGGCAUUGAUAUACAUACACAGGCAGAUACACGACGCCCCAAGUUCGUGUGAUGUUGUGCUGUGGUGGUGCGAUUAAAUAAUACUCCACAAAAGGCCAAACAAAUUACAUAAAAUCUGAAUCGGAAUAAAAAUAAGUGUAUCCUCCGUGUUGUGUUCAAAGUAUUUAACCGAUUGUUUUCAUUAGUCAAAUUAAAGUAGUACAACGUAUGAGAGUGAGCCAGUUCCUAGAAAAAGAAGAGGACAUAAAAAAAAUAACAGACACAUACAGCGUCUCGUUUCUUAUAAAUUUUCCUACUGCGUCGGAAUUAUUGUCUUGAUUAUUGUUGUUUUCUGGCGAACUGUUGUGAUUUGUUUUCAACAAACAUACUGUGGCGGAUUAAUAAUUGUGCAAAUCGAGAGAAGCACAAGCGAAUGUUAAGCAUCAAAGCAGAGAAAUAAAUAAAAUUAAAACCGCACACAUACAUAGACAAAGGCACGCGCAGAGCUGAAAAAUACGCGCGCUUUGCACAGUGUGUGUGCGUGUACGCGCUGGCUGGCUCUUCUUCUUCCUUCGUGUGCCCAUUGGAAUUUGUACCCCAAAUCGAAAUUACAACAUACACAAACAGAGAGUGCCCGUCGAUGCCCCAGCACCUAAACAUUAACGGUGCACAGCAGCAGCUCCAAUUGCCAGGCAGUGGCGCUAGCGGAAUCGCAGCGGCAGCCGUAAUCUCGGUAGCAUCGGAUUGCGGCGAAAACUGCAGCAGCAACGGCGUCGAGCAACAGCAGCACUUCAACAUUGCUACCACCGCAGCAACUUCGGCAACAGCGGCAACAAUGCCGGCUAUGGCCAAGGAGAAAGCCUCAGCAACAGUGUCCUUGGGCGAGUCGAAUUUUAGAGAUAUCAACCUAAAAGACUUGGCCGUGGUCGUCGAAGCGGCGUCGCGGCUGCACCAACAGCAACACACGUGCGGCUGCGGAGCGGUAUCGGCCGCUGAGAACAACAACAACAGUCGCUACGGCAGUAGCAAGUAUCUGACAAACGGCCACACUUCGCCUUUGGCGGCAGCGGUUGCUAGCAACAGUUCGUCGGUGGCCACGACACCGAAUUGCAGCAAGUUGCACAACUGCAGUUUGCAACAGUACGAGAAUGACAUAAGGCAGCAGACGGAGAUACUGGACAUGUUGCGGCAGCAGCAUCAGCAGGGCUACCAGACGCAGCAACAGCAACAACAGCCGCCGCAGCAGCAGCAGCAGCAGCAACAACCGCAGCAGCAACAACCGCAGCAGCAGCAACAGCUACAGAAUCCUGCGCCCAGGAGGUCUCCGAACGAUUUCAUUUUCGGUCGUUACAUAGGCGAGGGCAGCUACAGCAUAGUUUACCUAGCCGUGGACAUACACUCUCGCCGCGAGUAUGCAAUUAAAGUGUGCGAGAAGCGGCUGAUCUUGCGCGAACGGAAGCAGGACUACAUCAAGCGGGAACGCGAGGUGAUGCACCAGAUGACCAAUGUGCCCGGCUUCGUGAACCUGUCGUGCACCUUCCAGGACCAGCGUUCCCUCUACUUUGUGAUGACGUACGCACGCAAGGGCGACAUGCUGCCAUACAUCAACCGCGUGGGCAGCUUCGACGUGGCCUGCACGCGCCACUACGCCGCCGAGCUUCUGCUGGCCUGCGAGCACAUGCACCGCCGCAACGUGGUUCACCGCGACCUCAAGCCCGAGAACAUCCUGCUCGACGAGGACAUGCACACGCUGAUCGCCGACUUCGGGUCCGCCAAGGUGAUGACGGCCCAAGAAAGAGCGCUGGCCACGGAGCACUGUUCGGAACAGCGGCGCAGCCACUCCGAUGACGACGACGAAGACAGCGACCGGCUGGACAACGAGGACGACGAAUACUACGAUCGCGAUUCGGAGGAGUUGGACGAUGGCGAGGGCGACGACGAGCAGCAGCAGGAAGAGAUGGACUCCCCGCGCCACCGUCAGAGGCGUUACAACCGUCACCGAAAGGCCAGCUUUGUGGGCACUGCCCAGUAUGUUUCACCGGAAGUGCUCCAAAAUGGACCCAUAACCCCGGCGGCGGACUUGUGGGCUCUAGGCUGUAUUGUCUACCAGAUGAUCGCCGGCUUACCGCCAUUCCGUGGCAGCAACGAUUAUGUAAUCUUUAAAGAGAUCCUUGACUGCGCCGUGGACUUCCCGCAGGGCUUUGAUAAGGAUGCCGAGGACCUGGUGCGCAAGCUGCUCCGUGUCGACCCGCGAGACCGCCUGGGUGCUCAGGACGAGUUUGGCUACUAUGAGAGCAUUCGGGCGCACCCGUUCUUCGCUGGCAUCGACUGGCAGACGCUCCGUCAACAAACCCCUCCCCCCAUCUACCCCUACCUGCCGGGCGUAAGCCAGGAUGAGGACUUCAGGUCCAGCUAUACUGUGCCCGGGGACUUGGAGCCGGGCCUUGACGAACGGCAGAUAUCGCGACUGCUUAGUGCAGAAUUGGGCGUUGGGAGCAGUGUGGCCGUGCCCGUCAAGCGAUCAACCGCAAAGAACUCCUUUGACCUGAACGAUGCCGAGAAGCUGCAGCGCCUCGAGCAACAAAAGACUGACAAGUGGCACGUUUUUGCCGACGGCGAGGUGAUCCUCAAGAAGGGGUUUGUCAACAAGCGCAAGGGUCUGUUUGCCCGCAAGCGAAUGCUUCUGCUGACCACGGGACCGAGACUCAUCUAUAUCGAUCCAGUGCAGAUGAUCAAAAAGGGCGAAAUUCCGUGGAGCCCAGAUCUGCGUGCGGAGUACAAAAACUUCAAAAUAUUUUUUGUUCAUACGCCAAAUCGCACCUACUACCUGGAUGAUCCCGAAGGCUAUGCAAUCCACUGGUCGGAAGCCAUUGAAAGCAUGCGAAAGCUAACCUAUGGAGAUCCUUCCUCCACAUCUGCAGUCUCCUGCUCCAGCGGAAGCAGCAAUAGCCUCGCUGUCAUCUCGAAUUCAUCCGCCGCCUCCUCAAGCAAUUCGCCCACUGCGCGUCGCAGUUCCCCCGUGAACGCUUCUCAGGCUUCGACGGCGUCCGACAAUCGGACAUUGGGUAGCACCAGAACGGGGACGUCACCAAGCAAGAAAACGGCGUCCAAGUAAACGUAGUCCUAUUUGUAGAAAUGUGAAAUUAAUUUAGUUGAAAUUUAGUGCAAACGAAGCGAUGGAGUAAAAGAGGGCGGGAAUAGAAGUAGAAGUAGCUGAUGAAGGGGAACUAAUGAUCGUGUCUUUAGUGCUAAUUAGAACCCAAUUUCUGUUUUUCGUUAUAUAUUGUGCUGAAGGCGAAAAAUAGAACACUAACAUAAACUAAUCUAAAGUAAAUUACAUCUAUAACAACUAAAUUCAAUUUAAAAUUUAAAUUAAAUAUUUAUAUACAUCAUA